CUGCCCGUCACGGGCUGUUUGCGGAGAUAAACUCCUCGCUCUGCAGCCGCGGCAGCGUUUUCUCAACAUCCAAACUUGUUAUCAAGCGCACUAUACCUUUCUGCCGCUCAGUCGGUCUGCGCGCCAGGGAGAAGAAAAGCAGGGAAUUUGCUGUUCAUUUUUGACUUGAAGGUUUUUUUGAGAGUUAUUUGGAGGAUUGUGGACACUUUUUUUCAUUUUUUCUCCCACCAAAACUAGUCGAGUGAUUUGGUCUACAGUCAAGGAGGACAAAAGAUGGUUAACAGUCUUAGCCAAACUGUCCUGUCUUUGCUCUUUGGAUGCCUGACGUGUCUUCUAGUGACCUCUGUAGUGGAUGCAGAUGGUCGAGUGUUUGUGCUGGACCUGAGGAACUCCUCUGGGGCGACAGACUUCAGGGAUGCUGAGCAAGCGUGCGCCGCACAUCGUGCCCACUUGGCAUCAGAGGAGGAACUCUUUCAUGCAGUGGUGGAGUGCUUCGUUUCCCAGUGCACCCGUGGCUGGCUCUACGGGGGGACAGUAGGGACCACGGUGUGUAAUAUGGUGAGUGGCUCGGUGAAAGCAGUGGACGUGAGGACAGAAAACGCCACGGAGGACACUGGACACCUGGCGGCCUUCUGCAUCAAAGACAAAGACAUGCCUUGCGGAGACCCUCCAUCCUUCCCUAGCGUCCGCCUACAGGACCACUCUGGGUUUGAGAUGGGAGACGAGCUGCUGUACACGUGCGUCCCGGGUUACGUGAUGCAGAGUGGACACUCUGCCUUCAGCCUGCUCUGCGACAGCUGUGGGGAGUGGUACGGAAGAGUCCAGAUGUGUGUCAAAGAUGAAGCGGAAAGCCACAUAGAUUAUGAAGACAUGCACACAGAUUCCUACGAGGAGGCGGAUCAGGACCACGGAAGUCCAGAGGAGGCUCACGAGGAGGUCUACGAGGAGGAGUAUGGAGGCGCACACCAAGAUGGAAAGAAGAAUCUGAAUCAGCAGGUAUUAGGAGCCACUGACGAAGUAGACGAGGAUCAUCAAGACCAACGGGAGGAGGACGACCUGGUCGAAAAAGUGAUUGACAAUAGUAGAGAAUUCGAAGGAGCAAAAAGUCAGGAACAGUCUCACGAGGAUUUCACGGAUCAUCCAAGCCUGGAGCAGGACAGAAGUGGGGCGGUCAGGACCGAUGCUACUGCAGCCACAGAGGAACCUGUCUCUCAUCUCUCUCAAAAACACCUAUUUUGGUUUCCUUCUGAGGCUUUUCAGGAGGAAGGAACUCCCAUCGCCACCGUCUCAGCCACACAUACAACACAGAGGGCCUCCGGCGCCCACUCUGAAGAGAGUAAAGAGCACGACAGCCAUGAAGGGUCCCAACAGCCACAGCCCGUUGAUGCUGAUGAUCACGAUGAUGAUCCAGAUGAUGAUCGAGAAGACCACGGUGAUCAUGAUGAUGAUAAAGAUGAUAGGGACACCCAUGACGAUGACCAUUACGACGAUAAGGACGACACUGACAGUCACCAGGAAGAAGACCAUGAUGGUCACGAUAAUCCGGACCAGCACAAAGACCCGGAUGAUCAUGAUGACCAUUAUGACAUGGGCGAGCACGAAGAGGACCGCGAUCGCGUCUAUUAUGGAAAUCGGGAAAACGAUGAUCGAGAUGAUAGUUACGAUGACCAUCAAAGCUUCGAGGAUCAUGACGAUGCCGUGGAUGAUCAUACAGACGAUGAAAGAGAACAUCUUGACGGUUCUGAGGAACAUCCAGAUCACGACGACCAUGAAGAUGGUGAUGAACAUCCUGACUUUGAAGACGAUAGCCAUAAUGAUGAUCACAAAGACGACUAUGAUGAUCCCGAUAGUCAUGAAGAUGACGAUGGCCAUGUGUUCGUAGCAGCAGGGGGAGGCCAGAACGUUACCCAAAGCGGAGCAGAAGAUAAGGCCAAAGACGAGACGUGGCUAGAUGGUUACCCCGUUGUCCUCGAAGAAAACAGCGAGUCCACAACAGAAGAUGUUGCCAAAACACCGGAUAGACGCAAUGACGUGGAAAUACGUAGGCCAGUUCCUUCCACAGGCUCACCAGAUGAGCACGAGUCCCCUCCUGGGGAACCUGAAUCAGAUGGAGGGGUGGUUGAGAAGGUGUGGCCUGGCUUCACUGGGACCCCUGCCGCCUCUCCCGAAUAUUUCCAGCCUUCAGACUCUCCUUCAUACUUGGACACGCUGGACUACGACACCCAACAGGCAGCUCCUACCCACUCCUGGCUGGACGAUCUCACCGAGCACCCUUUCCUUGACCACGGUCCAGCUCCUCCGGUGCACGAUGGUGACGUCUUCGGUGGGGAGAUGGGAGAACACACUGCACACAACCUGCCCAAUGAGACCGGUGAGAUGGGUGAUGUGGAAGGAGAGAUGGGAGAGGCGACUUGUGUGGGCGAGGACUGUCCUCCCCAACCUCCAAGCUCCUCCGGUCGAGGUCCCAAAGUGGCAGCCAUAAUCGUGGCGGUGUGUGCCAUCGCCACGGCAGUCAUUGUUGGGCUAUGGUGUUACCGACGGCAACAGCAGAGAACCUCAGUGUACGAAAUGAAUGGGAAAGGCCAAAGUCAGAGCAGGCAGGGCCAACAGAUAGAGAUGCAGCAAAAAGUGUAGGAGGCUGCGAUAAGAACUGUGAGGAAGGGAGAGACGUUUGUGGAGGAUGGAAAGAUGCAGAUGAAUUUGGGAGGAAUGCACUGCUCCUGAUCUCAUCAGACUCUACUGCAGAUGUGAAUAUUUUGACUGGAUAUUAAAAAAAAAAAAAAAGAAAUUCUUAUUGCUCUGCUUCAAAGAGUAAAACUCGGUAGUGCUCUCAGAAAAUGAUGUGAAACAUACAGACUUGAUGCUGAAACUCAAGUGAAGCAAGAUAACUGCCCUCAUCCAUCACUUAUAAGGAAAUCCUUUGUUUUACCCAACGAUUAUUCUAAAAGAUCUUCAUCUUUUUUUCAUUUGUGUCAGUGUCUCAACCUGAGAUGCUGAAAAGUGGAUAUAUGACAAUGUACGAAAACCCUAACGCAAAACCUGUCAGCCCGAAUCUUUCAAUUUACACUUAAAUCUCAAAAACUCUUUCACAUUGUGGUAAAUACUGUCUGUCGCCUUGCUUUAGUUUUUAUUGAUUAUCUUAUGUUCUUUUGUGUUCUAUGUAUAUUUUUCCUGUAUUUAUCCAUCUCAGUUUUCAUUUCUAUAAAUUAAAUUCACAAAAACUGUACUCUGCUUAGUCCACAAUAAGAGUGCUGAAGUUCAGGUUAUUUUAGCUGGUAGCAGUACAUUUAAGCAGCUGAUCCAAAGGGAACAGGUUUAACCCUCUCUGGCGUCGGGCUGCGGCCCUCGAGGGCCACGAACCUGCGUGUUUUAGACGGCUGGGUGCAUCAACACACCUGAUUCAGAUUGGUGUCUGUUUAUGAGGGAAAUGUCUAAAACGUGCAGGAUGGCGGCCCUCGAGGACCAGAGUUAGAUAGUUUUGAAUUUUCUAAUAGUUUUUAUUGUUUGAUUAUUUCGUCGUUUAGGCUUAAUUAGUUUAACGAGUGCAUCAGUAGUUUGAAUUCUAAAUAAAAAAAGUUAGUUUUAGUUUAGUUUUUGAGGUACUGACUUAUAGAUAAACACGGAUGGAAGAAUCCUAUCUUUCUUUUGAGUAAUUACAAUUAAAAAGAAAGGAAUAAUCAGCAAGACGAAGCCACAAACAAAAAAAAGGUACAAGUACAAGCAAAUAUUACGUGCAAUUCUAUUUCGUUUCAUUUAGUUUUGCAUUGUUAAUUUUAGUUUUAGCUUAGCAUAAAUAUCUUUGGUUUUUAUUUUUAUUUCAGUUAAUGGGAUUAUUUUUUCAUUUUUGUGGUUAACAAUGUACCCCAUUUUUUUGGGGAGCUUGGUGGUUCCCUGAUAAUAUAUCUGUCAUAAAAUACUUCUAAAGUUGUUAUGAGAUGAGGUAUCGAGGUCAAAAAGACAAUAUACUCACAAGACAACAAGUUAAAAAAGUAGAUAAAAAAGAAACCUGACACAAAAAAACAAAUAUGAAGAAACAUGUAAUAUGUGUUUGUUGCCACUGUAGUCUCAUUCUGCGUGGAACCUCAGGAAGAAAUUGUGCAGGAGCGGCUCCAGGUCUUUCGGUUUGAGCUUCAGGAACCUAUUUGGACAACAUGGUCCGCAGGAACCACUGAAAGACUAGACCCUGAUGGCAAGCUGAUGGCGAUUUAAUCAGGUGUGUUCGAGCAGGGAAAUCCCUGGAUCCUGGGGACAAGGGUUGAAGGACACUGGCAUUGAUUCUGAUAUGUGACUGCUCGACGAUGGCAUCAGGAAUGUCAGCGACAUGAUACAAUGAGCUGGUGAAAGGUAAUCAUUGAUGUGUGCAUUGUGAGAUGCUCUCCAUCAGGGUAGCUAUGGAGCAUCAUCCUCUGAAAUAAAGUCAUCCAAAUUCUCGAUAAAGUUUAUAAAAAAAGUUCCUGUGGUCAUUGUUUUGCAACUACGACCACUACGGUAUGGUGGGAUUGUCUGAACUAAAGUUCCCUAACUGCACACUGUUGCAAUCUUAAAGGUCUUAAUAGUUAAAUGUGCUUCUUAACAUGUUCAUGCACAUUAAUAUAUUUUUUUAAUCUUAACUCAGUACAAGCUUACACGUUUCAAAGGGAUUUUCACCAGUGGUCGCGUGCACCCUGCAGCUUUUGCUUCCUCUCCAAAACUAAAGGUCCCGUGCACUUCAACUCCUCUUUUUUUUCAUUGGACACUGACAUGUCUGGUGAUAUAAUAAAGUAAGGUCCAGAUAUAUGGUUUGUUGCCCGAGGGCAACACCAUGCCUUACCGGUGGAAGCAGAUCAAAGAGGAAUAAAAAAAAGAUGGCGUAGGACAAACAUAACGGUGACUACAGGCAUGAAGAAAUGGAGAGAGAGAAAGGCAGUAGCAUAUUUUGUUGUCACUUCAGGGCGUGACUGGCAUUUCCUUCAGCAUGAAUGCUUCUCAGUAAAUGUGGUGCUGCUGCCAUGGCAACUGACAAUGACAACCCUUAAAUGUUGUAUUUCCAGCUUUAAAACGAUCACUGACUUUAAGUACCUGUAUUUGAUUAUCUGAACUUUAAUGUAGCAGCGGAGAAAUACUUGCUAUGUAAAGAUUUGGCAUUGUAUAGUCGUUACCAGAGUGCAGCCAUCAUCCCUCUGCCUGCCUCCUGUUUUCUCCUCUUAAGCUCCUCAUUUCCACUGGAAGAGAGUGUACGUUUAUUUUUGUUUUGGAGCAGGAUAAGCCAUAUCUUCUUUAUUUUCUACUGAAAAGCACACCUUUUUAUUUAAUAAAACCCCCUAGACACCGUCUUGGAUUAACAUGAUCUUAGAUGUGGCAUCUGUUCUUGAGGUCUCAAGUUAAAGGUGGAGUAGGUGAUUUUUUGGAAAAGCUGCAAAAACAAUACAUUUUGAAUAUUCACCUCCAGAAUCAGCCUGCAAGAGCACAAGGACACAAACUACCAGAUAAACUAGUGUAGCCUGCAGGUGUGAUCACAUCUCGUCUCCAUUGGUGUACAAACUAGGCACGUAUGCUAAGUGGAGCCCAGGGAUAGAUACGGUUUUCCUUGGGUUUAUGAGAACAAAGUAUCAAAACACCAGAACCAUUAUGCAAAAUGUACAAAAGGUAAACGGACAGAAGUAAUUGGCAGAAAACCAAUAUCAAUAAUUGUGCAUGAGUUACUCAAGUUCCCUGAUGUUUUAACAGGAUUUCUUAUAGGAGGCCAAUUUUCAUGUUUUAACAAAAUGAUCACUCAUUCAACCUUAAAAGGCAGAGUAGGUGAUUUCUGGAUGCUAUCGGAACCAUCAGCCUGGAGCCAAUUACCCAGUUGGUGACUUACUGGAGCCAGAUCUGUGUUUGAAGACCAAGACAAAAACAAAAAAAAAGUAAGUGUACUCACAAGAUGGGCAGCUAGAAGAUGACACAAAGACUCGCUUACCCUACCUUUAAAAGGAAAUCAGUUUUGAUUCAGUAUGUUAUGACGUCCACUGCUCGCAUCGUUAUUUCUAAUGAUCACGUUUAACUUCGUCCAUGAUAUACAUAAUAUGCUGGGUUCCCAGUAGCUCAACAGUUUUGUAAUGCAAGUUAAAAAAAAGUUUUCCUACCAUUGUUCACUCCAUAAAACAGAUAAGUCAAUUUUAACAUUUGGUCAAAAGUAUUGUGUACUGUUGCUCAGUUUGAUUUUGUGAUAUUUCAUUCCCAUACUUUCUAUAUUGUGUUGUAAAUUUAAAAGUGUUAUUAAAAAAAGAAACCGUGAUUAAAGAAAGUUAAUAAAUUCAUAUAAGUAUGCUUAAAUCUGAGUAUCGGAGGGUAUCGUUCUAGUUAGGCAGAAUAAAAUAACUGUAGAAAGUGAUUUAAUUGUUAUUAUAAUCGCCAUUUGAGUGUUUGUCGUGAAAUAAGGCUAUUUAAGGUGUCAACAGUGGUGAUUCAAUACUUGUUUUCUAUGUUUUGAAGUCCUGUGAUCUCCACCGAUUAAUGAGCAGUUUUUUUGUUUUUUUUUAAAAGAUAUUUAGGUCAAUAAUAGGAUUUUUUUGGAUGUGUCUAAAAGUCAAUACGGUUCAAGUCGUCUGAUUUUUUUUUUUUUAGCUUUUUCUGGCAUCAAACUGAGCAGAUGCUGCGGUGCUGACCAUAAUCAAGUACUGUACCUGUCGUCUGCACCGUUCUGUAAAUAUGUAUCUAUGGCUGUGUUGACUUUCUGCAUAUGAAGACUAAGGAGCUGCACUGAGUUCAGACGUCAUCCUCAAAUAUACAUGAUCAUCUUCAAUCAUCCAGUUAUGUGCCGAGGCGGAGAACAUUUUUUUAAAUUGCUUCCUGUCAUUCACAAGCUGCAAAGGCGAGUCCAUGUCUUCAUCUCCAACAGCUUUAUGUGCUCGUCGGGAUAAAACCUGUACAGUAUGUGUGUUACCCAAGUCUCAA